CAUAAUGCCGCAGCCGAGAGCUCGCGAGAGGUCCGCUGAGGGCGCGCCCCUGGCGCAACACCUUUGGCCCCUUCACGACUUUAGGCCCCUGUGAAAGUACUAUUGCUAUGGUUAGCUUCCAGAGUACCUCGCUUCAUACCGAAACCUUUAUGUUGGGCUACCUUGGCAUAACAUAGGUCUGGCGCGCGAAGCCGACGGAAGGCGUGCCAGCGAGGAUGUCUUUUACAUAGUGUUGCCUCUAAGGAAGCUUACUGUCCUAUAAACAUCAUAUCGGACGUGGGCUGGCGUGCAAGCAUGUCGAGCGCAUGCACGCGGACUUUCCGAGGCGAAACGUCGCUAGCGCUCCCCAUUGACGUGACAUUCAGUCACGUUGAUUUGAGCAUGCGGGCGGUGCGCAUGUCGGGAGCAGUGGGUAAGGGGGACGCGGCGUGGACAGCACACGAGCCUGGCGAGGGGCAGCGUUGGCACACGGAAGCCGACUGCUGUCGGAUUGCUGUAGUCGCAUGCGUGGGCCAACAAUAGCAUUGACAGGGUAGCACGUGGCAGCACAGGUCGUUGCUGUACGCGGCACUGCCCGAUAGGGCCGCGUGGCUUUCGGGACCCAGUCAAGGGGGACUUGGGGAUGGCGUGGGGGCCGUCCAGCGUGUUGGCUCUGGUCUGUCCAGCGCAGGCAGUAGUUCUAGGUGUGGUGGUGUGGCUGUAGAUGGGACAUUAGCCCUUGGGGUAUGGCACUGGAUAGAUGCAGUAGGAACCGACGAAGUCACAGCAAGGGCAGCAGGCGCCCACAUCAACUGCACCAGGGGUGCACCCAGCAAGUCCACCACCGCGGCGGCGACGGCGAAGGGGCAGAGCUGGCGGUCUGGGCUACGCGUGAGAGCAAAUGAGGACGGAGUACGUAGGCCAGUGCGUGGUCCUGUGGCAUGGCAUUUCAGUAGCAAAUGCAUGCGGGGCGGCGGUGCAUGGCGCAGUGCGGCGCGGGACAGGCAGUCUGCAUCCAGCGUAUGGCCAGCCACGCGUGCGCCGGGCCCUUGAGCCCAUGUGUGUGAGCGAGUGUGUGUGUGUGUGUGUGUGUGUGUGUGUGUGUGUGUGUGUGUGUGUGUGUGUGUGUGUGUGUGUGUGUGUGUGUGAUGGCACCAUUGCAGCGUGUCAGCCUCCAGACGUCAGAGGUGUGGCCGUCGCCGUGCGGGCUUUGGAGCGGGCGAGUUGAGCACGUUGGGGGAGAGGCUCAGGUUUGGAGGUGGGAUACAAGUGUUGCCAAGCCCGAAAGGGGGGUUGUGCGCUCCGUGAUGGGAGCUGCCUGGCUGGCUGGCUGGCCGGCUGGCUGGCUGGGGUGGGGUGGUAGCGGUCGUGGGGGCCACGGCGGUGCUUGCCUGCGGCGUGCUCGGACGCGGGAUGCGCGGGGACCGCCGCGGCUUGCAAGCGGUUGGGGUUGAGAAUGGCGGAGAGAAUGUGCCAGAGCCCAGCGUGUACAGAAUGACGGGGAUAAGCGGGAUGCGUGGACUUACACCCCUUGGGCUUGUGUCACUUGCCCUGACACUGCAGUCCUAGUUCCCUCACCUUUUACGCGGUCUCGCAACAUUCGCCUGAGUCGGGCUUUCAAGGCCUGCGGGCUUUGUGUGUCGUGGUCGGCUUGACGUAUAUGUCGAUAUAAGCCGCUUAUAAGCAUUGCACGGAGGUGGUGCAUGUGUGCGCAUAACCGUGUCGAUGCCAAAGGGGUCCCGUGCAUAAAUGGUGCGUACGCGGAGGCAGGGGGGGAGCGUACGGACGGAUUGAGCUUUCUGUGUCAUACCCGUCCCACGCGUACCC